AUAAAAAUUACGAAACUGAGGUGAGCUGUGAGAAAGUAAAAAGAAUCAAUGGAUGUUCGAGAAACCGUAAGCAACCAAACCGACGUCGCUUUGAGCCUCACCAAGCACCUCCUGCAGACCCAUGGCAAGGACUCAAAUGUGGUCUUCUCGCCCUCUUCGAUCCAUGUAGUGCUGAGCCUAAUCGCGGCUGGGUCUAAGGGUUCCACCUUGGACCAGCUUCUCUCCUUCCUCAAGUUCAAAUCCAGCGAUCACCUCAACUCCUUCGCUUCGGAGCUCGUCGCCGUCGUACUCUCGGACGGCACCUCCUCCGGUGGACCCCGCUUAUCGUUCGCUAACGGUGCUUGGGUCGAGAGGUCUCUUCCUCUCAAGUCUUCUUUUCAACAGGUUGUUGAAACUACUUACAAGGCGACUGUAAAUCAAGUUGAUUUUCAGACCAAGGCUGCUGAGGUGACUGGAGUGGUGAAUUCAUGGGCUGAAAAAGAAACUAAUGGGCUUAUCAAAGAGGUUCUUCCCCCUGGCUCAGUUGACAGCACAACCAAGCUCAUUUUUGCAAACGCAUUAUACUUUAAAGGAGCUUGGAGUGAACAGUUUGACGCUUCUAAAACAAAAGAUAAUGACUUCCACCUUCUUAAUGGAAGCUCUGUCAAAGUACCCUUCAUGACCAGCAAGAAGAAACAAGUUGUGGGCGCAUAUGAUGGAGUCAAGGUAUUAGCUCUUCCUUACAAGCAAGGCGAGGACAAGCGCCGAUUCUCCAUGUACUUGUUUCUUCCAGAUGCUAAAGAUGGGCUGCCAGCUUUGGUGGAAAAAAUGGGUUCUGAAUCUGGUUUCUUAGAACGGCACCUUCCCAGCCAAAAAGUUGAAGUGGGUGAUUUUAUGAUUCCAAAGUUUAAGAUUUCCUUUGGGUUCGAAGCUUCUGAUACUUUGAAAGGUUUAGGACUGGUGUUGCCUUUCUCUGGAGAAGGUGGUCUUACUGAGAUGGUGGACUCACCUGUGGGUCAGGGCUUAUGUGUUUCGGACAUAUAUCAUAAGUCAUUCGUUGAAGUUAAUGAAGAAGGCACAGAAGCUGCAGCUGCUUCUGCUGGUGUUGUAAUGUUGAGAUCUAUUCUUGUCAGUAAGAAGAUAGAUUUUGUUGCUGACCAUCCAUUCCUGUUCUUGAUCAGGGAAGAUAUGACUGGAAUGGUGCUGUUCAGUGGGCAGGUGGUUAAUCCCCUUGCAACCUAAUUACAUUUCGAUGAGGAAUAAAAAUUUGUUAGUACAUCGAACCUAACAACGUGAGACCACAGUUUUCGUAAGACUGGUUUUUAGCUGCCAUUGCAUGGUAGCCCGAGUGAGUGAAACCAUUUCACCAACUGGCACUGCACUCGCUAAUUGUCAUAAUUGCGGCUUCUAUGGUCUUGGUCGUUUUAUAACGUGUACCGCUUGCACCUCAUGUGGUGAAUGUUCUUUGUUGUUGAUGUUGUAUUUAUCUAUUAUGUAGUAUAUACACGAAGUCUGACCUAAUAAGCUUUAGCUCGAGGAUCGUUACAUGUUUGUUAAUUGCUGGAGUUAUGUUAAGACUCGGAUAAAAGUUUGUAUUUAUCUACACGAUGCAAAUUUCUACUCUUCGUUUUA